CUCAAUGUCCGCUGCUUACUCUUGUCCACUUUUGAUUCUCUCUCUCUCUCUGUCUCUCUCUCUCUCCUUCUUUCUGUCUCUCUAUGUCCUCCUCAGUGUCUGUCUUUCACUCAUUCACACAGAAACGCACGGAGGUAGAAUAAUUGCGGGUCCCCUAACACCUGUUCAUGCGUCACUACGCGCGGAGACGCGCCUCGACUGUAUGCCGUUCAGCCAGCUCAGCUAAACGGACCGUCGACUGAGAGAAGAGCGGGGGCUUUAAAACCCACAGAUGAGUUUUCUGCCAGUCCAGUGGAAAGGAGAUCUACAUGAUUCGAAUUUUCCUUCACGUUCCAACCUGGCAACUAUGAUGGUUGGAAAGCCGGUGAGACAGUGGAAGUCUGUCUGUAAGGGGCUGAUUCUGGGCGGUCUCUUGACCACUUGCAUGAUUCUUCUGUAUUGUCUGUCAGCCCCGGAGGUUCACUUCGGUCUGCAGGAGGUCCCGGUACCUUUCUCGUGCGCUCAUCGGCCAUCUCCCCCUCACUCCUCAACAAUCUCUAACAGCUCCCAUCAUGCGUCAGCGCAGAGGGCGUGCUCUCCCAAAAUGGACGUGAUGUUCCUGAAAACGCACAAAACAGCCAGCAGUACUUUUCUCAACAUACUCUUUCGGUUUGGCGAGAAGCACCAUCUCAAAUUUGCCUUCCCCAACAGCCGCAAUGACUUCUUUUACCCCUCCCCUUUCCAUCAUUCACAAGUUAAAGACUGCAGACCGGGAAUGUGCUUUAAUAUAAUCUGCAAUCACAUGCGUUUCAAUGCUGCCGAGGUGGCCAAAGUGCUCCCGGCCGACACCACGUACAUCACAAUCCUUCGUAACCCGGCUGAUCUCGCCGAGUCCUCCUUCCAUUAUUUUGGAAAUGUGGUACCUCUGACGUGGAAGCUUUCGGGGGAGGAUAAACUUGGAGAAUUCUUUACAGAUCCUGAGCUUUACUACGAUCCAGAGGGAUUCAAUUCGUUCUACCUUAAAAACUUGCUUUUCUUUGACUUUGGCGAGGAUAAUAACGCGGAUCCUAAUGACCCAAAGGUGGAGGUUGCCAUUGAUGCCAUCGCCAAACGCUUCCAGCUGGUAAUGCUUGUGGAGUACUUUGAGGAGUCUCUUAUCUUGCUCAAGGAUGCUCUCUGCUGGGACAUGGAGGACUUGGUAUUUUUCAAACUCAACGCGCGGAAAGGUUCAACCAUUUCUAGACUGACCCCAGAGCUCAGAGCCAAGGCACUUGAAUGGAACGCUAUCGAUUGGAAGCUUUACCAGUAUUUCAAUUCCACUUUCUGGCGCAAGGUGGACGCUUAUGGCCGCGAGCUCAUGGCCAAAGAUGUGAUGGAGCUGCGUCGCAGGAACGCAGAAAUGACUUCCGUUUGCAUCGAGGGAGGCCAUGCUGUCGAUGCAGGAAACAUUCUUGAGACUUCCAUGCAGCCGUGGCAACCCAUAGGGGAGAAGUCAAUUAUGGGUUACAAUCUGAAAAAGAACAUAGACAAAUCUCAUAGAAAGCUCUGUAGGAAAAUGCUCACCCCAGAGUUGCAAUACCUUACGGAAAUGGGCGUCAACCUUUGGAUAACAAGACUGUGGGGUCACAUAAGAGAAAUCAUUCACUGGUAGUCUUGUUUUUACCAUUAAGGUGAAAGAUUAGCACUGACUUGUAUGCAACAGACCUAAAACCUUUUCUGUGUCAGAAAGUAAGAAAAAUAUUAAUGAAAAUGUUUUAUAGUUUUAUAAAACUCACACAAGCAAGUGCUGACAGUCACAUCUUUAACACGUUAGCUGUGUGUUUAUAUAACAGUGUAUUGUAUGUCACUGCUGUGUAUUACAAAGUGUUCGACUGCUUGAGUCAAUCAUAAGAAAUGAAUCAACUACACACUUUUUGUUACAUGACCUCAUUCUUGGUUUUUAUUGUUUUGUGCCAGUGGCAAAAGCUAUACAUUUCUUACAUCUGAUACGGUGAAAACGAUUGUCAUGGAAACAGCGAUGCUGUUAUCCUCUGUUGAUGAAAAACUCUGUUCAGAAUGUUGAUUUAAAGGGUGCUUUUGUGAGAAAAUGUGAUGACAAAAGGCUUCCUGAGGCCACUCAGAAAAUAAAAACUUUAUGUAGCUUU